AUGGUCAGGGACAAAUUUGAUGAAUCAGAUAUACAUAAUGUCAGAAUUCAUUUAAUACGAAGUCGCAAUUCUGGUGAAAGGCAAUAUGACUUACUUGUAACGUUUGAGAUAGUUGCUCUUAUUAUUGGAGAUUUUAAUAUUGAAAGUUCUGAUAGAGAUAUUAUUGUUGAGAAUCGAAGUUUAGGAUUGCAACGUAUAAAUGGAACUCAUCCAAACUUUAUGGCAUUGCAAUAUCCAUUACUUUUUCCGUAUGGUGAGGAUGGGUAUAUGCUUGGUAUACCUUAUAGGAAUUUGAAUGGGAGCAAUUCUAGAAAAAGGGAAUCAAUAACAAUGAGAGAAUACUAUGCUUAUAGGCUUCAACAACACUUUCAUGAGGGCAAGACAUUGUUGCUUGGUAGGAGGCUUUUUCAACAAUUUAUAAUGGAUGCAUACACUUCUAUUGAAGAAGAAAGACUACAAUGGGUUAGAUUCAAUCAAAAAAAAUUGAGGUCAGAGCUGUACUAUGGUUUGAAAGAUGCCGUUCUUCGUGGAGAUACAGAUCCCAUUACUGUAGGCAAACGAAUAGUCCUACCAUCCUCAUUUACUGGAAGUCCAAGGUACAUGGUUCAAAAUUAUCAAGAUGCAAUGGCGAUAUGUAGAAGGGCAGAAAUCAAUCAUUCCUUAGAAUUUAUAGAAGGCCUGAAAUAUGAGGAUCGGCCAGAUAUUGUAGCAAGGGUUUUUAAGAUAAAAUUAGAUGAACUAUUACAUGAUUUGAGGCAUAAAUCUCAUUUUGGAAGAGUUAUUGCUAUUGUGUAUACAAUUGAAUUCCAAAAAAGAGGACUCCCACAUGCACAUAUUCUUCUAUUCUUGGAUCCAAAUGAUAAGUGUCCAAGUCCAACAGACAUUGAUAGUAUCAUUAUGGCUGAGAUACCAAAUCCAGAUGAGGAUCCUGUUGCUAAUGAAGUUGUAAAACAAUUUAUGAUGCAUGGGCCAUGUGGAUCUGCAAAUCUGAAAUCACCAUGCAUGAUGAAUGGUAAAUGUACAAAAAAUUUUCCGAAAAGAUUUUAUGAAGAAACAACAAUUGAUGAAGAAGGCUUUCCAGUAUAUAGAAGGAGAAAUGAUAGAAAAACAAUAGAGAAGAACAGAAUUCUUUUGGAUAACCGAUAUGUUGUACCUUAUAAUGGAUCAGAUAGAGCAACAGUUGUUGUAGAAGAGAAUUUGCCAAAUAUUGGGAGUGAUGGACAAGAGACCGACAUUGUUGUUGAUGAGACAAAAGCAUACUUGGAUUGUAGAUAUAUUUCAGCUUCUGAAUCAUGUUGGAGAAUAUUUGAAUUUCCAAUUAAGUUUCGAUAUCCACCUGUUGAAAGAUUAAAUUUUCAUUUGGAAGACGAACAUCCCAUCAUUUAUCCGGAAGAUACAAGCUUGGAUAAUGUUUUAAAUAUACCUGGUAUUGAAGAAACAAAGUUUACAGAAUGGAUGAAAACAAAUGAGGCUUUUGAAGAUGCUCGAGAGUUGACUUAUGCUGAAUUUCCUACAAAAUGGGUAUGGCAUAGUAAUGUUAAGCAAUGGCAAAGAAGGAAAUCUAAAUAUUGUAUUGGAAGAGUGUAUUACGCACAUCCUUCAAGUGGUGAAAGGUUUUAUUUGAGAAUGUUGCUUAACAUUGUCAAAGGUCCAAGAAACUUUAAAGAAUUAAGGACUAUAAACGAUGUUACUUAUCCAACUUAUAAGGAAGCCUAUCAUGCACUUGGACUUCUUAAUGAUGACAAAGAAUGGCAUGAUUCCCUAAUUGAAGCUUCAAGUUGGGCCAGUGGGCAACAAUUGCGUCAACUAUUUGUUACAAUGCUAUUGUUCUGUGAAGUAGUUGAUCCAUUAAGUCUUUGGGAAUCCAACUCGAAACUGAUUAUAGAAGAUAUACUAAAUAGGCAAAGGCGUAUCCUCCAAUUCCAAGAACUAAUUUUAUCAAAAUGA